AUGAAGUACGGAGAGACCUUGAGGCAGCGAUCCAUUCCUGCAUGGAGUCACCACAACAUAGAUUACGACGACAUCAAGAACUUUAUCAAGGAGAAUACGACCCCAGGCAAGGGCAAGACGCUCUCCGUGCCCGGCCGAGGUGACGAUAAACUUCUGCAGUUCGAGAAUUCGCUCUUCCACAUUCUGGUCGACCAACACCAACGAAUCCAUCUUUUUGUUAGAAGCAAAGCCGGAGAGAUUCAACGGAGAUUAGACCAUUCGAAGAAACAGCUUCGUCAACUUGCAGCGCGACAGUCCAAAGCCGCAGACAGCCGCAUACCAGUCGGCAGGUUAGAGAGAUAUGGCAAACUCGAAGACGACGUAAUCAAGGCUGGGGAGGAGAUCAAGUCACUCGCGAGGUUCGUUGCAACACAGCGAACGGCGUUCCGCAAGCUGUUGAAGAAGUACAAGAGAUGGACAGGCUCGACGGAUUUGGACGACCGAUUUCGGGACGAAGUGCUGGAGAACCCAAAGAGCUUUGCUAAUCUCGAUCUGGGGCCAAUGCUGGACGAUUACUCCGCCACUCAGCAAAGCGUCCGGACCUUGUAUGAGCGUCAGAUGAAGAAGUCGAAAGGCAACGAGUCAAGUUGUGAGGUCAAGCGUCCGGCUCCUGGGUCGUCUGCCAUCAGACAAUUGCGCGAGGCAGUGCAGACUGGAUCAAAGGUCUUCUUCGAUUCGAGCCUUGCAACGGUACCGCUGGGUGAGAAUGGCACGUUCGCUAGUUACUUUGUGCAUCCGGAGAAUGUCGUCGAGUUGCAGAUGCUUCUCCUGCAGUACUCGCACUUCUACCUGAGUCGCAGUCGACCCAGUUCACUGGCACCGCCAAUCACACCGGACUCGCCGAAUGCGUCUUUUGGUGCAUCGGGAACCAAAUUCGUUGAUUACCACAUUCUGGCCGCUGAUAAUCUGGAACGGUUUGCAAAAGAGCAAAGCGCUCUCACUGUCAAUGAUCGCGAACAUCUCCCAAACAGUUUCCCGCAACGAGCCAAGGCUUGUGUUCGAUGGAACAACGACGAAGACGCUCUAGCUUGUUUGAGAUCUAGGUCAGGACAGACAAAGAGCGCGUACCUCAAAAGAAAGCACAUCCACGACUUCUUCGACCAGGGAGCUGAGUUCGCCGCGAAGCAGGAAGCUACACUUGCGGAUAGCGCAGAGACUGUCGAAGAACUACGACGGGAGCUCCUGAGAGAUAAUAUCAAGCCUCUGUUCCAGUACUCGAGUUGUCGGACCAGACUGGUCGGUCUGGAAGAUGAAUCCGACAGCAUGACCUUGGCUACCCUCGACACCAGCAUCACGAUACAGGAGGCAGGCGCGGUUGACGGCAAGUCGAAAUCGUCAUUCCCCUUUGCGCUCCUGCUCGUACGACAAGAAGGCACCAAAUCGCAACUACUUUCCGCACUUGACGCCAGCUACCUCGUCGAGCGCGUGCGCGGUUUCUCACUAGAAUAUCACUCCAUUUGGCAAACACAUCGUCCAGCAAACAUUGCCCCACCAUUAUGGUUACCAAUUCUCGACCGCGACAUUCGAAAACUACCUCCACCUGCAAUGAAGCGCACGAGCUCGGCUCACGGAAGUGGCGCGCAAACUGCCGGAUCCAACGGCUCCAUUACCGCUGGCACUGGUACUGAUAGCGCCACUGCUGUUGAGACAACUUCGCAAGAUGCGCCAGCCGAGUUCGAAGCGCCACCUCUCAAGUCUUUCCGCAAGAAGCGGAAGAGGCGUUCUUACCCUCGCAAUGAGGAACAGCAACCACAACGCUACUGGAACGAAUUCGACCACCCCGAAGACGGAGAUGGCGACGCCUUCGUUAUCUACAUCGACCCCAACGAGCAAAACCGCUUCGAUCGCUUCUUCGACAAACUCGGCUCCCUCUUCCGACUACGCAGCAAGACCGCCGAGGAGGAACUUCUAAUACCCUCAUCCCCACCCGAAGAGGAAUCUUCCGAUGAGGAAACCGAAACCUCACCCGUCAAGAACAAAAUCAAGAAGAGCAACGCCCAGAGCUUCGGAACCUUCGCAUCUUCAUCGCAGUCACCAGCUCUCAACUCCAAACGCGAGCAGCGCGCUUCCUUCUUCGGCCAGGUUGCUGCGACGUGCUACGCAGCUGCCCUUGCGAUACUGGUCGUGGCUUAUAUCCUCCGCCUUACCGGACGACACAAGUUCAUCAACGAGGUGCAUUACGGUGUGCUCUUCGCAAUGCUCAGCAGUCUUGCAUUCGCGGCGAUAGGCUUUAUGAGCGUCCUUCGCAGCGGUGCGCGAGGGUACGUCACCUGGGCUAUAUCGGCGGCUGUUUUGAUCAUCGACGUGGUCGGUAGUGGUGCUUUGCUUGCGUGGGUGCUGGGCUAG